GAAACCUUUGAAUAUAUGCUUUGUUGAGUGGCAAUGAGGAUGUAUCCAACACCUGGAAGAAAUAUCUGCUCCUGGUAUAUCUUUCCAUUGGCUUUACUCUUUUUUACAGGAAGGGGGGCUUUUGCUCAAAUAAGGUACUCGGUACCAGAGGAAGUAGAAGAAGGGACUGUUGUUGGAAAUGUGGCGAAGGAUCUUGGCCUCGACGUCGCCUCUUUGACUGAUCGCCGAUUCCGCGUGGUUUCUGGAAGUAAGGACGCAGUUUUUGAAGUAAAUCAGAAUAGCGGUGCAUUGUAUGUCGGAAAUCCUAUAGACAGAGAGGGGCUAUGUCAGGGCAGCGGUGCCUGUUUAACAGAACUGAAAAUUCUAGUCGAAAACCCUUUGGAAAUACAUUACGUGCUAGUAGAAAUUACCGAUGUGAAUGAUCACUCUCCCAGUUUUCCCGAAAAAGAACAAACAUUUGAAAUAGCUGAGCAAACGUUACCAGGAAAGCGUUUUCAGUUACACACUGCUCGCGAUCCUGACGCAGGAAUUAACUCCAUACGUACCUAUACUUUAACAGCAAACGAACAUUUCGAAGUAAAUCUUCGUCAAAGUGACACAGGAAAGAUACCAUUUUUAGUGCUGAGGAAACCAUUAGACAGAGAACAGAAGGACAAACACACGUUACUGGUCACUGCAGUCGAUGGAGGUAAACCUCAAAGAUCAGGGACAUUGAAUGUUUCAAUUAUUGUUCUUGAUAGCAAUGAUAAUCGUCCAAUAUUUAGUCAAGAAAUUUACCAAAUAUCAAUCAAAGAAAACAUUCAUGUGGGCACAUCAGUGUUCAGAAUGAAUGCAACUGAUCUUGAUGAAGACACAAAUGGAAAGGUAGAAUACAGCCUUGGAAAAACAUUGAGGCAGAAAGUUUAUAACAUGUUUGAAAUUGAUAAAUUAAGUGGGGAUAUUAUAAUAAGAGGAGAAGUGGACUAUGAGGAAAAUGAUCAAUUUGAGCUAGAUGUCGAGGCAUCGGAUAGAGGAACGCCUCCACUAACUGGGGAGUGCAGAGUCAUAAUAAAAAUUAUAGAUAUUAAUGAUAAUCCACCAGAAAUAGAUGUAACAUCUUUAUCAAAUACUGUGCCUGAAGACUCAAAACCUGGUACUAUAAUUUCAUUACUUAGUGUAACAGAUAAGGACUCUGGUGUCAACGGGAAAAUAAUGUCAAGCAUCAUAAAUGACGUGCCUUUCGAAUUAAAACCGUCCUAUAAGGAAAACACCUUUUCGAUUGUUACUAAAUCCAUUUUGGACAGGGAGAAAGUAUCUCAUUAUGAAAUCACAGUAAAAGCCACUGACUGUGGUGACCCUCCGUUAUCUAGUUUUAAAACAGUGAGUUUCCAAAUAUCAGACGUAAAUGACAACAGUCCACAUUUCAAGCAAACCCCUUUGGAGUUUUAUAUUGGUGAAAAUAACGAUGCAGGGAAGACGAUAUUUUCUGUAACUGCCGCAGACAAUGAUCUGAAUGACAAUGCAGCUAUUUCGUAUCAUAUUAUGAGAGAGGGGAAUCAAAAAGACAUCAUGACUUUUUUGAAUAUAAACGCCGACACUGGACAAAUCAUAGCACUGAGGAGUUUCGACUUUGAGACUCUGAAAACUUUCCAGUUCCAAGUUGUGGCCUCAGAUUCUGGAACUCCGCCACUCAGCAACAACGUGACUGUCAACGUGUUCAUUCUGGAUCAGAACGACAACGCUCCAGUCAUCCUGUAUCCACUCAGCUCCAACGGCUCUGCUGAAGGUGUGGAGGAGAUUCCCCGCAAUGUCAACGCAGGACACCUGGUGACUAAAGUCAGAGCCUAUGAUGCUGAUAUAGGAUAUAACGGCUGGCUGUUGUUCUCACUGCAGGAAGUCACUGACCACAGUCUCUUUGGUUUGGACCGCUACACAGGACAGAUCAGGACACUUCGUUCAUUGACAGAGACUGACGAGGCUGAACAUAAAUUGGUCAUACUGGUCAAAGACAACGGAAAUGUUUCACUGUCAGCAACAGCGACUGUGAUUGUCAAACUUGUGGAGCCCAAAGAAGCUUUUGCAGCUUCUGAUGUGAAAAGUGCAGCAAAGAUGGAUGAGGAGGACAAUGUUACGUUAUACCUGAUGAUCACUUUGGGAGGUGUUUCUGUAUUUUUCAUCAUCAGCAUCAUAGUGCUGAUUGCAAUGCAGUGCACCAAAUCCACAGACUAUACAUCUAAAUACUUACAAGAGACAAAUUAUGAUGGGACACUGUGUCACAGCAUUCAGUACAGAUCUGGAGAUAAACGAUACAUGUUGGUUGGACCCAGAAUGAGUAUUGGAUCUACAAUUGUUCCAGGCAGCCAUGCAAACACGUUAGUGCUCCCCGACAGAAGGAGGGCUUCAGAAGAGGUAAGCCCAGUUCUUUAAAUUCACAGGAA